UAUUAGCCUGCAAAUUUGUGCUCCAACUUGGUUGGAGUCCAUCCUGAAGCUCGUUCAACUGGAGGCCGCUCGCAUCCGCAUCCCCUCCGUCCGGGAACGGAGCACGCUUCUCUCUCCUCCCGGCGCAAGGCAACAAGAGAUCAUACAGAGCAAGGUACACUAAGAAUGUCGAGCACUUUGCAAGAGAAGGAGAUCAAGGAUGACAACAAGAAGGUCGAGGAAGCGGUGGAAGAAGGCGAAAGUGCGGACGCGGACACGAGGCUAGAAGCAUUAGGCUACGCGCCCGAGAUGCGUCGCAAUCUUUCCACCAUAGCGGUGCUAGGCAUGGGGGCCAGCAUCAUCGCAGCGCCAUUCGGUCUCACCACAUCCGCGAGCUUUGCGCUCGUGAAUGGAGGAGCUGCUAGCUAUGUGUGGGGUUGGAUUUUCUUAUCAAUUGUUUCCCUUGCUAUCGCUGCUUCUCUCGGAGAGAUUUGUAGCCUUUAUCCUACGUCUGGAGGAGUCUACGUCUGGACCGCUCAUUUGGCGCCCAGCAAGCAGUCGGCCAUCAUCGCUUCCUACAUCGUUGGCUGGCUCAGCUGCAUCGCUAACAUUCUUCUUUGCUUGUCCAUCGCUUUCGGAGAAGCGCAGCUCAUCAUGGCUGCGAUUUCGCUGUUUAGGGAUCAGAAUUGGACUCCUGAAGCUUGGCAGACGAUUCUCUGCUUUUGGGCAGUACUACUCGUCGCUGCGGCAGUGAACGCUUUCGGAGUCAAGAGCAAGUCGCUUGAGCCCAUCAACGUUGCUAGCAUCUGGUGGACUGCUGGCGCCUCACUCAUUAUCCUCGUCACAACCUUGGCGAUGUCGGAUGUAAAAAGGAGCGCGUCGGAUGUGUUUGUACAGUGGAACAACACCUCUGGUUGGCCGGACGGAUGGUCCUGGUUUGUGGGGCUGCUCACACCCGCAUACGUGCUGACAGGUUAUGGAACCAUAUCAAAUUUGUGUGAAGAAGUGCGACAGCCCGAGCGAGCUGUGCCACGAGCGAUGCUUGGAUCCGUGGUCGUCGCGUCUCUGAAUGGCUUGGCGUUCAUUCUGCCUUUGACGUUUGUGUUCCCUUCGCCCUCUGAACUCGAGGCGGCUUUGGAGGCGGCCUCAGGACUGGUCCCUUACGUCUUUGCCCAAGCUACUGGCACUGCAGGUGGUGCAUUUGGCCUCUUGUUCCUCGUCCUUGGCAUCGGCUUGUUCGCGAGCAUCUCAUCCUUCACAGUUGCUUUCAGAUGCAUUUGGGCUUUUUCUCGAGAUGGAGGACUGCCGGGAAGCCGUUGGCUGAGAAGGGUAGACCCGCGGCUCAUCGUCCCACUCAAUAGUUUGAUUGUCUCUACGGUCAUCAUUGGGCUUCUGGGCUUGAUUUAUCUCGGCGCCACGUCUGCAUUCAAUGCGUUUACGGGCUCCUGUACUAUUCUUCUCGGCGUAUCGUACGUUGUGCCCAUCGCUAUGUUGCUCAGCAGAAGACGAGCACCAGUCCGAUUUGCUUCGUGGGGACUUGGAAGAUUGGGUUGGAUCGCCAAUGUCGUGGCUCUUGCAUGGGUCUUGUUUAGCAUUAUUCUGUUCUGCUUUCCAACCACAGCAUCGAUCACCCCGGCCUCGAUGAAUUACGCAUCGGUGGUCGUGUCCUUCUUUGCUGCAUUUGCGGCUGUCUUCUACUUCACAAUUGCCCGCACACGCUACCAGGGCCCAUUAGGAGCUGGUCAGCACGGAGACCGAGCAUAGACAAGAAGAGUUCUCAACAAUUGCACGCAUGCCCCCUCGCCGACGCCACGUGUGUCGCUGCUUCAAACCUUGUCACGCCUUCCGAGGUGAUUGCUGCUUCUUGGCGAUGUGUCCGAUCUGGUUUUGUUUGUCGUCCACUGUUGUGGCUAUGCGGGCGCGC